UUUAUUUUAAACAAAACUAAAAAUCUUAACCCUAUCGAUUCCAAAUCCAUCGAUCGUCGCCAGCCACGCUCCCCCCACCUAUAUCUCGCAAAUCGCCGCCGGCCGCCCUCCCCCACCUGCAUCUCGACCUCCGCAGAUGGACAAGACGGACAUUCUGAUGCUGGAGGCGCCGCCGCAGAUGGCUGCUGCGCCGUCGGCCGAAAUAAUUGAUGCGCUGCCAUACAUUGACGACGACUAUGGAGACCCAAAAGUUAAAGCGGAGGUGGAUCGUUUGGUGGAAGAGGAAAUGCGCCGUAGUUCCAAGAAACCCUCCGACUUCCUCAAAGACCUUAAUCCUCCGCCGAAAAACGAUUUUCAGGAUCAUCCAAUGCUUGCUAGAGAAUAUGAGAGAGUCAGAGCUGGUAAGCCUCCAGUUCAAAUGGAUACAUCCCGAUAUGGACUUGAAUUGCCCCCCGGGAACAAAAGGAAUGAUGAGACUGCAUGGAGGCAGGUACUUCAAAAGGCCCAGCGCUUGUUGCAACAUCAAGUUAUCAGGCUUGAGAAUCUAGAUUUAAUGUUCAAGCAUGGCCCUGAUGUUUGGAAGGUGUAUAAUCAACAAUUGGAGGCAUUUCUGUCAAGGUUGCAAGCACAAGUUCUCGAACUCAAUGGAAAGAUUGAAGCUGUGAAUCGUGAGAGGAAAUAUCACCAGCAAAACACUGCAUAUGAGCUUAAUGCUUUAUCUUCACAAUGGAGCGAGCUGUGUUUGAAGAACAUCGAAAUCCAAACAGCAUGUGCAGAAAUCGAAGCUCAAAUUAAAGAACUUAAGGAUGAAGCUACCGGGAGGGGCUGGAAUCUCGAAGCCAACCUUGAGAAUGGACCGGCCAUUCAACAGUCUGCGAGAUGAGGUAGAAUGCACGCCGAUUUCAGGUAUCCUAUCAGAUUAUUGUGUUCUAUUAAUAUCGAUAGUUUUGAAUCAACCAAAGGUGCCAUUGCGCGUAAUUGAAGUGUUUGUAACUAUAAAUGAAUCACUAAUUAGUCGUACAGACGCAAUUGAUAUGCGCCUAUGAGUGCCGAGGUGUUUGUGAAGUCGAGCCCUUUAUUAUGUGGAAAGCUACAUUUUUUUGUAGGAACUUGAAUUCUGGUAUUCUGUUGUAAUAGAGAUCUGAUCUGAUGCAUUCGAACUUUACAAGCAACGUUGGUUUACUCGAAAUUAUGUUGUC